AUGGAAGAUCAGCCACGGAUAAUAGAGGAUAACUCGUCUGAUGCCGACUCAGACCUGGAGGAACUACAAAGCGACAUUGCCAAGUUUGACGAAUCAGUGAGAGAAUUCUUAACAUCACACAAUGGUAAUGGUGAUAGAUCAACGCCCGGCCGGAGAGGUGGCCGAGGCCGAGGAUCGCGUGGUCCGCGCAAGGCAGCAAAACCGCGAGGAGACAUCACCGCGCGACUAGCAAAGGUUAACCAGGCAUUUUUGGGCGGAGACUACGAUCGUGCACUUGACCUAGUAUCAGAGGUUAUCAGGAUAAACGCUGAAACUCACCAAGCGUGGACAGCCCUUGCAUCAAUAUUUCGCGAGCAGGGCAAUGAAGAGCGCGCUCUGGCAGCCAUGGUAUACGCAGCCCAUCUACGGCCAAAAGAUGUACCUGGCUGGUUAUCCUGUGCUGCGUAUGCACUAGAGACGACCGAUGCAGAUGGUCAAAUAAACCUGAAAACAGCAAGACUAUGUUACUCUGCAGCACUCAAGGCAGAAUUCGACAAUCUCGAUGCUAGGAUGGGAAAAGCAGCCAUUUGCCACCAGCAAGGGCAUUUUGCCCAAGCUAUAACCGAGUAUAACCUGGCUCUGCGCAGUCGUCCAGCCGACCUUGAUAUUGUCCGAAAGAUGGCCGAAGCAUGUGUCGACAACCAAUAUCAGCCGACAUCAGUGGGAUAUGCCAUUGCUGCAUAUGGGCGUUUCUUCGCAGUCGCACAAGCAGCAUCCGCAGGCUAUCUACUGGAAGACCUUUGGUAUGAUAUCGGUGUUUACGUGGAUUUGUUUGCCGCAACAAGUCGCCACAAGGAAGCGAUUUUUGAGCUCCGUCGACUGUCCCGGUGGAUUUUAAGGCGCGAGGUAGAGAACUUUUGGGAUGAUCUACGGGAGGAUGAUAGAGAAUGGGAUUUGGAAAAUGACCGUCGAGAACAAAUACCGUCGUUCCAAACAGGAAUAUUCCCAAAGGCAUCGUAUGGCGAGUCAAUGCCACCUGAUUUGCGGGCUCGCCUGGCUACGUACAGGCUCAAAAUUGGCAACCAAGAGGAAGCUUUCAGGCAUUUGACCUCAAUACCAAUAGGUUCGCCGACCACCGUUGAUCUAGCGUACGAUUUUCCAGUCCUCACAUAUGAACUGGCGGAAGCAUUACUGGCGAAUAAAAGCUAUGAAAUAGCUCUCGGGUAUUUCAACAUUUUGAGAUCAAAUGCGACAGAGUCGGAUGCUGUUAUUUUACUUCAACUCGGACGCUGUUAUCUGGGUAUGAACCAAUCUUCAAGGGCAGAAGAGCUGUUUCUUGAGGCUAUCGAUGCGGAUGAGGACAUAAUCGAAGCACGCAUUGAGUUGGCCAACAUGUACGAAAAGGCAAAGGAAAACGAGGAGGCACUGAUUUUGACGGCUGAGGCGAUUGCUCUUCGAGAGGCUCGUGACUACGCUGAGGCUGGGGUAGAUGAAGUGCUGACUAGCCGCCGACAAAAUGCCAUGGCAGCUUAUGGACAAAAGAAUUUACCGCGCCGAGCCUCCGCUGGUGUCAUACCUCGGCGUUAUCGAUCUAAGCGCUUCGCUGGACCUGAUCAAAGGAAGCAGGAUGAGCAAGCCCGUGCUCUGAAGCUUUCUCGACAAUAUGACCUCGUAAAGAAUCUCAAAUCGAGAGCCAAGGGUGGAAAUCGAGAACUGGUGUCUCAAUGGAUGGAGGCAUCGAAAAAUUUGGUGGAUGAUUUCCGGUCACUGAAGAGAUUCUACUCGUGGGACAAGUAUCUCCAUUUCGUGAGCUUGAGCAGCGCCCAGGGCGCCGCUAAUGAACAAGGGGCGAAUUCCGCACUCUCACAAAUGUAUCAACGACUCAGUCAAAAUAUAACGCCAGGCGCACACGACCAGGAAAACGGCGGAGUUGUGCAGACUCCCGAACUACAUCAGGGUAUCUCUUUCGACGACUGGUUAGAAAUUUUCCUAGAUUAUGCCAUUGGAUUGGCGAUUGAGUAUAAGAGGGAAGACUCUUACCGAAUCUGCACUGCUGCCCGUGAUUCGACCGUCUUUCAAUCUCCGGAGCACAGCUUCCAGAUUUAUGUGGCUUGGGGAGUCUGCGCAGUAUACUCAAAUGAUGAAGAAACUUGCGUAAUGACAGCCCGGCAACUGAUGAGAGAUGGUACUGUUUCGGACUCCUAUCGGUUAUUUGGCCUUCUUUCUAAGAUUUGCCAAUCUCCCGUUUCAUGGUACACGUCCGGUCCAGCCCAAAAAUAUAUCCUUCGCCAAAUCAAAGCCAUAGACUCAGCCUACAUGUCUUCCUCAUCAAGUUCUGGGCUAAAUAACCCGGCUAACAUUCGAGAUGCUGCAGCUACAAUGGAUGUUUGCUUGCUCAUGUUGUAUGGGCAUAUCCUCUUUACAUCAACAAGUUAUACUUAUGCGAUAGGCUACUUUCUUAGGGCUUUGGCAGUAGAUCCUGAAAACCCCAUGGUUCAGUUUAGCCUUGGUCUAGCCUACAUACACUACGGACUCAAGCGUCAAGCAACCAACCGCCAGUACUUGCUUUUGCAAGGUCAAUCAUUCAUUGGCCGAUAUUUGGAGGCUGAUGGAGGAGAUCACACUCGUCCAUUGGCUGAGAAAUAUUAUAAUGUGGGAAGAGCAUUCCAAUUGCUUGGACUCGCGAACAUUAGCAACGACUUUUAUGCAAAAGCCAAGUACAGCAAUCAAGGGCCUGACCAGGAUCGAACUCUAGAAGUGAUGACUUCACUUAAUAUGGCUUUGGCAUACAUGAUUUCGGGGAGCAACGAAAGAGCAUUUGCCACGAUAAAAGAAGGCAUUAUUCUAUGA